AUGCUUUCUGAACACGACGAAUAUGAGCGGUCAAUUAUAGAAGGUUGCUUAGAGUUGGAAGCAGAACUGGGGUUUCUGCAUCAAAGGGAAAUACAGCAGCCGGAUGCCGACAAGACAACUCAGAUACAAAGGCUGGUUGAGGCGUUGCGCACAGCUGCCUCCGAACAUGAAGCGAUGCAAAGGAUCCCGCCGCCAUGGGAUUGGGAUCCCUCCUCGCAUGCCUUCCCUGGUCAAACCCCAAAGCGCAAAGAGCACACUAUGCAUGGGUUUCAAAGUGCUGUUCGUCUUGAAGACGAUGGAAGGAGAGCAACCGUUCAACCUUCGUCAUCGUUUCCCGGUCAUGUUCUAUUGGAUUCAAUCCAUGCAUUGGAUCCGGAAGCGUGGUUAGAUGGAGUUCCACAGAUAAUCAACGAUCCUGAGGAGCAAGGGGAAGUUCAGUUGGUGCCUUCCACUGCCGAUGAGCCAGAAGAUGGAGAGUCAUCAGCUUCAAUUGCAGCGAUGCGGCCUACAGUUGAAGCCGGAGGCGCGCAGGAUGAGACAUUGGCGAUUCGCACUCACCCGUAUGUGCGGUUUCCAGUGCUGGCGAAUGAUGUGUCUAUAAGGCAUAUCGACAUAGAAGCAAUUUUCGAGGCACACCGAAGGGAACUACGGCCUUACGUUUUCCUGCGCAAUCUGAGGAGGCUAUUUGCACUAAGAGUACUCGACCAGGCCGGCGUUGACUUGCUCGUGAGCUCCACAGAAGGGUUAAUAGGGGCAGUGUGGUACCUGGCGCAGAAGAGGCAUCCCAAAAGACAACCUGUGUAUGCCGCCGAAGUCUUUGGGAACUACCUUUUGGCCUUCGAUGCUCUUAUGUGUGUCAUUGAACUUUUGGGAGACUAUAUGGAGCUUCCCUUGUGGUGGGAAGAAUUCGUAGCAGCUUUUAACCAUGAUCCUUCUUCUCUCUUGCCACCUGUAGGCAUGCGAGCUGGAGGGCUUUACAGAAGGUUGAUAGCUCGCAUAGUUAAUGCACUCAAUGUAUACAAAACAGGAAGACGCCCAGCAUUGAGUGAAGUAAUUGCGCUUAAAAAGAUGUUGUUUUGUCCUCCAAGUGCUCCUGGUGACUUCAAGGACCAUAAAUGGGAUCCUUGGCGUGAGGAUGCAGAAUGCCCGUAG